AUAUACAUAAAAGGCGAAAAAUGAACAAUUGAUUGCAAGUGGAAAGAUCCGAUUAAUCGGCCUCAUCCCCUGACGAACAAACCCUCGAAUCUGCCCGAGGAAAAGCCCCGACGACGAUGACCGCCGAGCUGAUGCCGCCCCCGCCGGCGCUGCUCGAGAACGGCGGGGUGUCUAACGGAUCCUUGAGCAACCACGUUAGCACCGAUGCCAAGAAGUCCCGGGAGAGCGAGAGACGCCGCCGCCGGCGGAAGCAAAAGAAGAACAAGGCAUCUCAGGCUCCGGACGCUGCUGGUGCAGACAGCGAUGCCGCCACUGAAGGCGAGGCUGACGGGAAGGAGGACACGGUCCCUCAAGAGAUUAUGGAGAAAGUAGAGGUGGAGUAUGUACCCGAGAAACCCGAUUUGGAAGAUGGAUUGGAUGAAGAGUUCAGGAAGAUCUUCGAGAAAUUUAGCUUUGGUGAAACAGUUGGGUCACAGGAAACUGAGGAUAAGAAGGAUGAUGCUGAAAAUGCUGCAACGAAAAACAAGGAUGAUUCCGAUUCAGAAGAGGAAGAACAAAACAACGAACAAAAAGAGAAAGGCGUAUCGAAUAAAAAGAAAAAGCUCCAAAGAAGGAUGAAGAUUGCUGAACUGAAACAGAUUUGUUCAAGACCUGAUGUUGUGGAGAUAUGGGAUGCGAAUGCGGCCGAUCCUAAGUUGCUGGUCUUUCUGAAAUCAUAUCGCAAUACUGUUCCUGUUCCUAGGCAUUGGUCCCAGAAGAGAAAGUUCUUGCAGGGAAAGCGUGGUAUCGAGAAACAGCCAUUCCAGCUCCCCGAUUUUAUUGCUGCAACUGGGAUUGAAAAAAUAAGACAGGCGUACAUUGAGAAAGAGGAUAGUAAGAAGUUGAAACAAAAGCAGCGUGAGAGAAUGCAGCCUAAAAUGGGGAAAAUGGAUAUUGACUAUCAGGUACUCCAUGAUGCAUUUUUCAAGUACCAGACGAAGCCAAAGUUGACGUCUCAUGGUGAUCUAUAUUUUGAAGGGAAAGAAUUUGAGGUAAAACUAAGAGAGAUGAAGCCAGGCAUGCUAUCACAAGAGCUAAAGGAGGCCCUUGGAAUGCCAGAAGGUGCUCCUCCUCCAUGGCUGAUCAAUAUGCAGAGAUACGGUCCUCCCCCAUCAUAUCCCCAGCUGAAAAUUCCUGGGCUUAAUGCUCCUAUUCCGCUAGGAGCUAGCUUUGGUUACCAUCCUGGUGGUUGGGGCAAGCCUCCUGUUGAUGAAUAUGGACGCCCUUUGUAUGGGGAUGUUUUUGGAGUUCAGCAGCAAGAGCAGCCAAAUUAUGAGGAAGAGCCCAUUGAUAAGACCAAUCACUGGGGUGACUUGGAAGAGGAGGAGGAGGAGGAAGCGGAAGAGGAGAUUGAGGAAGAGGAGCCUGAAGAAGAGGAUCUGGAAGCUGGUAUUCAGUCUGUAGAUAGUCUUUCGAGCACUCCCACUGGAGUUGAGACACCUGAUGUUAUCGACCUUCGUAAGCAGCAGAGGAAGGAGGCUGAUAGACCUCUGUACACUGUUCUUGAAGAGAAAGAAGAGAAAAUUGCUCCUGGAACUUUACUUGGAACAGCUCACACUUAUGUGGUUAAUCCUGGAGCUGGCGCCCAGGAUAAGACAGGAGCCAAAAGGGUUGAUCUGCUUAGAGGACAAAAGGCGGAUAAAGUUGAUGUUACUUUGCAGCCAGAAGAAUUGGAAGUUAUGGACAAUGUUUUGGCUGCGAAGUAUGAGGGGGCCCGGGAGGAAGAGAAGUUGCGGAGCCAGCGGGAAGAUUUCAGCGACAUGGUUGCUGAGAACGCGAAUAAGAGAAAGCGGAAGAUGCAGGAAAAGGAGGGGAAAUCCAAGAAAAAGGACUUCAAGUUUUGAAGUGGUUCUUUGUCCCUGCCAUGUUUGUUGAAGCUGUCAUCUAACUUCUAGGCUUUUGUAAUGCUAUUGUUAGAAGCUUAUUUUUGGACCUUAGUAUCCCAUCUACUAUGCCGGAAGACCCCAUGCAUGAAGUGGUGGGUUAGUUGUUAGCGGAUGUAAAAGAGUUGAAGGUUAUCUUGUAGGAUUGGAUUUUCUUUCCUGGCCGGGAGGCAUCACUUUUUAUCAGAAAGAAGCGGUGAUCAUUCUCCGGGGCCUUGUGCUACAAAAUGCGAUUUUAUUCACCGAAAUUAAAAACAACAGCUAUGAUUGAUUUGCA